AUGGCCGGCCGCCGCAGCUGCGUGAACUCGCUCUGGUCGGGCACCGAGCGCGUCCGCAUUGGCGAGCGCCUGAAAGCGACACUUGCCGGGGUGCUGGAGCUGGAGCUGCUCAGGUGCAAACACCUGGAGAUGGUGGAAGUCGCUCUGGAGGACCGAGCCCCCGCCGAAGCUGCCGCCAACGUCGAGGAGCGGCGGCCAGAGGUGGAGGAUGGAACCCCGGAGUGCGCCGCCUCGGACGCCGAACACGGCUCUGCCACAUCCCGCCGGCAACAGGCUCCUUCUCCUUCUGACAUAACGGCAUUGCCCGGUCAGAGCAGCGCAGACGACUGUGGCAGUAAUUCAGCAGAUGGGAUAGUCCACUCCUCAUCUGCAAGGGGAAGUUAUUCACGCUGGUCCACUCUGUCCUGGGACGCUCCCUCUGACCUGCUCUCUCCCCCGACACCAGACCCCAGUGGUGUGGUCCACCUGGACAGUGACUCCAGACCUAGUUCAGGUUUCUAUUCAGUGAGCGGGAGCUCUCUGUCAGACUCUUGCUACUCUGUGUCCAGUGAUGCAGCCGUGGGAGGACCAGCACCGCCAGUGCCACCGACCAGACCUCUGACACUGUGGGAGCAGGUUCCUCCAUCCACAGACAACACUGACAUCCUGUGGUCAGAACGUGCCGUUCAGAAGCAGGAGCAGCCUGCACUGCCAAAAAGCCAGGGUGAUCGAGAACCCUCAGGGACGACCCCAGUCUCAGCCUCCUCCCUUCAUCUGAAGCCCCAAGUGGACCCUCGUUACUGCAUUGACCUGGUGUCCCGUCGGAACAAAGAGGUUUACCCCUACCCCAGCCCCCUGCAUGCCGUCGCCCUCCAGAGCCCCCUCUUCACCUCCCAGAGCCAGGAGCAAUCCGUCUCUCUGAAUCCGGAGAUGACCCAACUUGAUGAACCACUGGAGUCCAACACUGACCCAGCGCUGCCUCAGCAGACCACCGCCCUGGCCUCCGUCACCCAGCUGGAGCAGUACAUCUCUCGCCUGGCUCAUCAGUACCACGGUCGGGUCACCUCCUCCACCUCUGACCUCUCCUCAGCUGCCACCGCUGGUCCGGUCAUACACAGAGGCCUUUGCACUCCUGGUAAAAUCCAUGGUUCCACCGUGUCUCUCUCUGCUUUUGAGAGCCGCAGUACAACAUCCACAAUCCCAGGAGGCAGUAUCACUCCGUGUAAGUCACUGUUGGGCAACUCAGCCAGAGUGAGCCUCAGCUCUUCUGGGAAAAAGGCCACCAGGAACUCAAUUAAUCUGGGUAACCUUCCUUCAGCAACCGGAGAGGACUUGAACAUAAAUCUGCAUCUCAACGUUAACUUGAACCUGGCCACCGGUUUAAAUUCUGGUCGGGUACCCGUGGACAAAUCCAAAAACGGCAGCUGUGGAGCUUUGAGAGCUGACGUUACUACAGCUCCCACUGCUUCCACUUCAUCGCUCUCCUCUGUUACACCCACCCCAGCACUAAGAGCUCGCCCUCGCAUUUCAACUUGUCCCAGCAGCCUGAGUCACCGCAGUUCCCUGGAAGUCACUUCAGCGUCUGGACCCAGUCCGGGAUAUGGAUCGUCAUCCUUCUGUCGCUCAUUAGACUGGAGCAGUGCGGCUCCACCCGAGGCUGGACCAUCAAUGUUUGGUACAAAUGCUGCAUCAGCUCCUGGGUCUCAGCGUAGCAGCUUGAUCCAAGAGUCCAGCUCCAGUCCCAAGUUAAGCGAAGACUCCGCCAUGGUGGAAGAGAUCUCUCGCCUCUCUGGCCUUUCCCGGGCUGUGGUGGUUGGACUGAUGGAACAAGGUGUGGAGCUUGAUAUUGAAUGCUUCCAAACAGAUACUGCAGGAGACGCGAGGGGUCACAGUAAAUCUCACCUGACGUCCCAGGCAGAUCAGUCGCAUGACUAUGCUAGACUGAACAACCUGAAUCCCCAGAGACCGAUACAGCUGUCCCUCAGUGUCACCCAUUCACCUCAAUCUCAGUCAAGUCUCACCCCUCCUCUCUCACACUCCAGCAGCCCCAUACACCCUUACCAGUCCAUCCACAUUCCCUCUCCCCACUACUCCUCACACUGCCACUAUCAGCAGAUCCCUUCCCCAUCCGACCUUCCCUCUUCCACAGCCUCCUCCCCUGCCUCCCGCUCCACUACCAGGGGUCGCUCCCCUCCCCGGCCUCUCCAGCCCUCCCCCUUGGGUGCCACCCCACUCUCUGUUUUCCGUCGGGACGCACCCUUCCAGUGCUCCCUGCCCCACACCAAUACGAGGACUUCUCCUUCAGAGCACAGCAGCAAUCAAACACGAAGUGGAUCCCUUCGGCAUAGUGGUGGAGGAAGUGGAGGCAGUGGUGGGUGGAAGAGAGCAGAGGGAGAUGGGCUUUACAGAGGAAAGCAUUCCUCUCAUAAAUUGAUCAGGGCAGCCACAGUAAGCAGCUAUGCCAAGAGAGAGGAAUACAGCUCUGUUUGGGGUGAGGAGGAGGAAAAGGAGCAAACAGCUGCUCAGACACCAAGGAAGACAUCCAACAAACUCUGGAGGGGUUUUGAAGGACGCCUCUGGGGCAAGGAGUCAGACAAAGAAAGGGAGGAGAUGGACAGAGCUGAGUACGGCUACGGAUGGAGGAGGAACAGCAUUGGAAGCUGGAGAAGGGAGAAUCGAAAGGCAAAGGCCUCAUCCAGCAGGAACGACAAGAGGCCCAAAGUAGACAACUCACCCAUGUUCUCAAAGAAGAGGGGGAAAGAAGACGGGGAGAGAUGCAGCUCAAGCAUCAGGCUUUCCAGAAGGGCUUUGUUCAGGAGUGAGUCCCAAGGUUUGCUGGUGCCUCGUCAUUAUAGUGAGGAGCCUGUGAAGCGUCCACACUGGGUGUCCUCGUUAGACGUGGGACAAGGGGGCAUGGGCAACAGAGACGAAGGGAUCCGACUGCUGAGAGAAAAGGAGGCCGACAAACGCCUGUCCUCCACUGCAAGCCUCUUUAACCUCUCUCGCUCUCAGAGCCUAGAGGGCAGCUGCCACUCGCUCUCCCCUCUCUCCUCCCCUUCCUUUUCUCCAUCCCCUCCUCCAAGCAUGCCCCUCCAGCGCUCUCGGUCACUGAGGGACUUGGGGAGGAGAGUGUUUGGCUCCAUGAGGUCUCUGAGUCUCAAACGGAAGCCAUCCAAAAAAUGACAUUUGUACGAUAAAUAAUUAUGACAGUAGAGGAUUCUUCCAUGUGUUGUGCUCAAACCACCAGUGAUGGCUGCCAUUGCAUUCCAUGUAAAAGGAAGCGCCAUCAUGUUUAGUCUUCAAACUUCAAUGUUUGUAAUUAAAUAUACAGAUGAAGUGGUUCUGUUAUUCAAAUAUAUGCCAGUCCUUCCAUUCACCACCAUGAUGGAAGUCACUCUCAGGCACAUAAGAGUCUGUAUUACGUGCUGAUAUUGUUCUUGGUUCACAGCAUUGAUUCCAGUGAAGUUUUUGUACAUUUUUAUUGACAAAGCCAUUUUAAUAGCCACCAAAACGGCUACUAAAUGGAUUUGGUCCCAUGGCCAACAAAGAAAUGUCAGUGAUGAAAACUUUCUGUAUAUGUGAGGAUUUGACAUUUUCACAGUAACAAUAUUCUUGGAUUUGUUUGUGCUUUAAUAGUAGCCUCAUGAAAAGAAUAUUUAAUAUGAACUCAUACUAUCAGCUCCAGUACAUAUGCUUAAAUCCCCCUAUAACCAUGAGUAUGAAUGUGUAUGUGUACACUCCCCCUCUGCAUGCUGCUCUGUGACUUGUUCAUUGUUCACAGCUAUUGUGAGAACGUGAUAUUCCUCUUUGUCUAUGGUUACAAUUCCCUCUGAAGUACAAUCAUAUUGGCCAGACAAAGACCAAAACCAAGCAAAUACUCUUUAACUUGAUAUUGUGCUCAGGAUUUUCAAAUAAAUAUUGAAUGAUUCAAACUA